AGCUGCCGGCCUCCUGAGCGCCCCGGCCAGAGCUGCAGCGGCGGCGGCAGCAUCAUGGCCCCAACCUUGCUCCAGAAGCUCUUCAACAAAAGGGGCAGCAGCAGCGGUGGCAGCUCCGCGUCGGCGUCUGCCCAGGGCAGGGCUCUUAAGGAAGGACCAGCCUUUAGUUGGUCAUGUUCGGAAUUUGAUCUGAAUGAGAUUCGCCUAAUCGUUUACCAGGACUGUGAAAGGAGAGGCAGACAAGUCUUGUUUGAUUCUAAAGCUGUUCACAAGAUUGAAGAGGUGGCAGCUCAGAACACAGAGGAUGUCUCUAUGAAAAUGUCAGCCAAGUGCUGUCAAGGAAGCGGCAGUAUGAGCAGCAGCGUCAGCAGCAGCAGCAGCAGCCUCUCUUCCCAUAGUUCUUCUGGGGGUUUUUUACAACAUGCCAAGGAGCAGCUCCCAAAAUACCAGUAUGCAAGGCCAGCUUCUGAUGUCAACAUGCUAGGAGAGAUGAUGUUUGGCUCAGUGGCAAUGAGUUAUCAAGGCUCCACCUUAAAGAUACACUAUAUACGUUCUCCCCCACAACUGAUGAUUAGUAAGGUCUUCUCUGCUAGAAUGGGGAGCUUCUGUGGGAGUACUAAUAACUUGCAAGACAGCUUUGAGUACAUUAACCAAGAUCCUAACUUGGGGAAACUGAACACAAAUCAGAAUAAUUUGGGUCCUGGCCGUAUUGGAAGUAACCUAGCACACAGCACACCAGUUGAUAUGCCAAGCAGAGGACAAAAUGAAGAUAGGGACAGUGGCAUUGCUCGAUCAGCCUCCCUAAGCAGCCUUCUGAUUACACCUUUUCCAUCUCCCAGCUCUUCUACGUCCUCUUCCAGCAGCUACCAGCGCCGCUGGCUUCGAAGUCAGACAACAAGUUUAGAAAAUGGCAUCAUUCCAAGGAGGUCAACUGAUGAGACAUUCAGCUUGGCUGAAGAAACCUGCAGUUCUAAUCCAGCCAUAGUCCGGAGGAAGAAAAUUGCCAUCAGCAUUAUCUUUUCCCUGUGUGAGAAAGAAGAAGCUCAAAAGGAUUUCCAAGACUUCUUUUUUUCACAUUUUCCCCUAUUUGAAUCUCACAUGAACAGGCUGAAGAGUUCAAUUGAAAAGGCCAUGAUCUCCUGUAGGAAGAUAGCUGAAUCGAGUCACCGAGUCCAGUUUUACGUCACCCGUUUGAUGGAAGCUUUGGGAGAAUUCAGAGGAACUAUCUGGAACUUAUAUUCUGUUCCAAGGAUAGCAGAACCCGUAUGGCUAACCAUGAUGUCUAGCACUUUGGAAAAAACUCAGCUCUGCCAGCGCUUUCUCAAGGAGUUUACUUUUCUAAUAGAACAGAUCAACAAAAACCAGUUUUUUGCUGCCUUACUGACUGCAGUGUUAACCUACCACCUGGCCUGGGUACCAACUGUCAUGCCUGUUGACCACCCUCCCAUCAAAUCCUUCUCAGAGAAACGCACCUCUCAGUCAGUGAACAUGCUGGCCAAGACGCACCCAUAUAAUCCUCUCUGGGCCCAGCUGGGUGAUCUGUACGGAGCCAUAGGAUCUCCAGUGAGGCUGACACGCACCGUGGUGGUGGGGAAGCAGAAAGAUUUGGUCCAGCGCAUACUUUAUGUCCUGACCUACUUCCUCCGUUGCUCUGAGCUACAAGAGAACCAGCUGACCUGGAGUGGGAGUCAUGGAGAAGGCGACCAAGUGUUAAAUGGAAGUAAGAUCACAACAGCCCUGGAGAAAGGCGAGAUAGAGGAGUCCGAGUAUGUGGUAGUUACGGUGAGAAAUGAGCCUGCUCUCGUACCCCCUAUCCUACCACUAACGACUGAGAGGAGGAACCACGAAGCCUCCAGGAGGGCAGAGACCCUAGAGGGCACUGGCAUUGCAGAUCUGAGUUGCACAACUGACAGAGAAGGAAGCAAGGGUUCAGAGCAGAGUUCUGAUGCCUGUAGCAUGGAUUUCCAAGAUAGAGCUUUGGGCAGCUCUUGGCAACAUCAAGGCAUGUGUGGGGAGGAAGCAUGUAAUAAAGAUGCCCUAGGAGAUGGUUCUUUGAGACUGUCCAGUUCUGAAGCUCUGAGGGCAGGACUAAAAAUCAGCCAGCAAACUGUCAGUGAGGAGUUGGGAGCAGAAAUGCCGAAGAAGCCACCAGACCGGUCAGCAGCCUGGCCCUGUCCUGACAGACAUUCUCGGGGAAAUCCUCCCCUAGAAAAGGUCACUUUCCGGAUUGGGAGCUCCGUAUCUCCAGAGUCCGACCUUGAAAGUCGUACCAUGAAAAUGGAGGAGCAGCUAAAGGCCUACAGACAAAGUCCAGAGUUUGCCACUCAUCCCUCAGCUCAGUCCAGAGUGAUGGCUGACAUGACUCAGGACCAGCAGGCUUCGAGGGUCUCCUUUUAUCCUGGCUGUCACAAGGAUGUCUGCUGUCCUCAGAAGCAGUCUUCUGAGGGGGAUGAAGGUGAACUUGACAGUUGUUUUGCUGAGGGCAGAGACGUUGGAACAAACAUGACGGGAGAUGUUGCUGGUCAGCUGAACCGGCCUGCUUACUCACACACCCCCUCUGACAUUGCCACUGGAACUGGAACACAAAUGUUGGGGAAAAUGAAAGGUUUGUGUUUGAAUGGUGCAGAAGGUCCUUUGUUAGAGCCUGUUCCAAACAGGUGUGUACAGCAUGACUCUGGCCUCUCGGUCACUGCAGAUGUCCCCUGUGGGGAUGCCAACAGGAAAGUGGACUUCAGAACUGAAGGAGACAUUCCCAGAAAUGAAAGCUCAGACAGUGCUCUUGGAGACAGCGAUGAUGAAACAUGUGCUUCAGCCACUCUGAGUCACUGCGGUGAAAGGACCGAGGAGUCCUUGGAGGUCGAGCUUCCUCUGCCAAGGUCCCAGAGCAUCAGCAACCAGAGUGUGAGAAACUUUGGCCGGUCACUCUUGGCAGGUUAUUGCCCCACGUACAUGCCUGAUCUGGUGCUCCAUGGAACCAGCAACGAUGAGAAGCUGAAGCAGUGCCUGAUGGCAGAUCUAAUCCAUACUGUACAUCAUCCUGUGCUUGAUGAGCCGAUAGCCGAAGCUGUCUGUAUUAUCGCAGACACAGAUAAGUGGAGUGUCCAGGUCGCCACAAGUCAGAGGAAAGUGAUGGACAGCGUGAAACUGGGUCAAGAUGUUCUGGUCUCAAGUCAGGUGUCCAGUUUACUUCAAUCAAUUUUGCAGCUUUACAAGCUUCACCUCCCUGCUGAUUUUUGUGUCAUGCAUCUUGAAGACAGACUACAGGAGAUGUACCUGAAAAGUAAAAUGCUGUCUGAAUAUCUCCGGGGACACACACGAGUCCAUGUGAAAGAACUGGGUGUUGUGCUGGGGAUUGAAUCUAACGACUUGCCUCUGCUGACUGCUAUUGCCAGCACUCAUUCUCCUUACGUGGCUCAGAUACUCCUAUAA